CUUCGCUAAAAUCGAGAGACCCAAUAAAUACGUGAUUCACGGGUCCAGCCACCUAGGCACUUAGUAAUGUCACCCCCCUCGUGAUGCUGCCAAUACUACUCAUGCGCUUUCCGCCUACCUUCGGGUGAAAGAACGUCGAAAGGGGGGAGGCGGGGAGGGUGGAGAAAACGUAGAGGAGUACAUAAGAAGCGCUGCCCAUCUCUGACGAGCCCUUGAGAUUUCCGGUAAUCCCAUCUGGUGGCAAUCCUGGCUUUAUCCUCGUUUGAUCAAUAGUUGUUCCAGUGCUGCUGUGUCCGAAUAAUUAAGAUGCCUAAAGUACUCCUUACAGGUGGAUCGGGCUUCAUCGCCGCCCACGUUCUCGAGAUCCUUCUUCAGAAGGGAUACGAAGUCGUGACAACGGUACGGUCAGAGGCCAAGGCCUCGCAGAUCACGGCCAAGCAUCCGGGUGCGAAACUGUCCGUAGUCGUCGUGCCGGACCUCGCGGCACCGGGAGCUUUCGACGAGGUGGCGAAGACGCCCGGGCUCGACUACGUGCAGCACACGGCGUCGCCCUUCCACUUCCGCUGGACGGACGCGCGCACCGAACUGCUCGACCCUGCCAUUAACGGCACCAACUCGGUGUUGAAAGCCAUCGCGACCUACGCGCCCGGGGUCAAGCGCGUCGUCGUCACUUCAUCCUUCGCCGCCAUCAUAUCCGAGGCCGAGCUGUCCAACCCUUCCAAGACGUUCUCCGAGGCGGACUGGAACCCGAGCACCUACGAAGACGGCCUGCGGGGCCCGCCGCCGACUUCGUAUAGGGUAUCCAAGAAGUAUGCCGAGAAGGCCGCGUGGGACUUUGUGGCCGAGCAGAAACCGGGCUUCGACGUGGCUACCAUCUGCCCGCCCUUGGUCUUCGGCCCGCUCGCCCACCACCUCGACUCGCUGGCCGACAUCAACACGAGCAACUCCCGCUUCGUGGACCUGAUCCAGGGCAAGUGGAAGUCCGAAAUCCCGCCGGGCGGCGUGUUUCUGUGGGUGGACGUGCGCGACGUAGCGCUCGCGCACGUCAACGCCAUGGAGCGCCCCGAGGCCGGCGGCCAGCGCUUCUUCACGACCGCGGGCUACUACAGCAACCGGGAGAUCGCGCGCGCGGUCCGCGAAGCGUUCCCCGACCUCGCCGACAAGCUUCCCACCGAGGACGUACCGGGCGGCGACUACCCCCCGGAGGGCACGUACAAAUAUGACAACUCGCGUGCUACCAAGGUCCUCGGCAUCGAUUGGAUCCCCAUCGCAUCAAGCGCUGUCGAUACGGUCAAGAGCUUGCGGCAAAUUCCUGCCUAGAGGGUUGGAUAAGAGAAAAGGAGGAGGGGGGCGGGUCAAGAAACUCUACGAGAUGACAUGAGUGUAGGCUAUGUUAAAAAAAGAAGUAUUGGUUGUUGAAAUUAACACCGCGCAUCAUUAUCAUCUUGUCUGAAUGCUAGCCGAGGCUCUAUCACCAACACAUGCCGGGUAUCUUGAUGAGCCUUCUAGCGCCAAUGACGAUGAGUUCCGCCCGGGAUCCUGCUUGCUUGUGAGCAUCGCGGACAUGUAAUCAACUGCUUUUCAUAAUAUGCAACUAGUCGGGCAUCCGUAAGAG